AUGGGCCGAUCACUGGGAGUGACGGAUAUGGACUCACCAAAUAGUGACUGCGUUGAUUUUUCACGACAUUUUAUUCGUGUCUUCGGCGAUAUCGAAACCAAGGUGGAAGGUAAUCUAAUCAAUGGAGUCGAAGAGGAGUCACGAACAAUUAAAGAAGCCAUAGAUGAAGAAUCGAAAAUCGAUGAGGUGGUUACCAAAGAAACCGCCAUGAAGUGCCAAGAAUUGUCCUUUCUCGAUCAGGAUGCAUUUUUGACAGAUUCUUGGGAUGCCAAAUUACCGGAAUGUAGAAGCCAAGGAAUUUUUCAAGAAUCAACUUUUGGGGAUGAGCUCGACCAAGAUUUUCAGGAUAACUCUAAUGAAUGUGAAGCGUUUGACGCAAGUUCGGAUCCAAUUGGAAAAAUUCUUGAAGAUGACGACGAGCCCAAACACAGUUCCGAAGUUGAAGCAGAGGAUGAUGGUGUACAAAAAAUUGAUUCAGACCUUUUGCCUUCUCACUCGAAUGAAUUCGGCGUAGAAGGUAUAUCUCUGGAUUCUUUAGAUAAGUUGGGUUGUAACGAGUUGAUUAAUUUCAUUCAUGAAGUCAAUUCUUGUGAUGGUAAUUUGAUGAUCUUGAAUGAUUAUAGAAAUGCGGUCGCCCUUGAUAGAAAUGAUGAGAAAUCAUUUAAAUUGAAUGUUUCUAUAAGAGCAGAUUGUUCUGUUGGCUUUGAGGAGUUAGGAUUAGUUUCUGUUAAGGGCAAUAGUCGUGAUAAAGGUUGGUCAUACUGUGAUUUGAAGUCUGAUCCUGUUGAAGAUGUUGGCAACAGUUGGAAUUAUUCGAAUAUCAUCGGUUCCCAUAAAGUUUUCUGGUAUAAGAAUGAGCUCAAUUUGGAGAAAAGGGAUCUUGUGUUUAUGCUUCCAAAUGUUGAACGUGUUCAGAGUUUUGAAUUAUACAGGACGGAGUUUGCUAUGGAUAUUAGCGUCGAUCAAGGAAACAAACUUCUCAAAAGAUGGGUUGAUUGGGUUACCAGUUUUAGAGGAGGAACCAAUUCUAGGAAGAUGUUGAAAUUUCAGUUGCCAGUCAAAUUGCGGACAUAUCAACAACAGAGGAUAGAAUUUUUUGGAAACCAGAAAGCGUCUGCUAAGUUACUCAAGCAAAAUAUUGAUCCAACCCAAUCCGUUUGUGCUUCACUUCCAGUCUCUGAUGAUAAUUUGAUGACCAUAGCUCCUGAGGCCAUUUUGCAAAGACGUACUGAGGAACGAGGAAGUCAAAGUGUAAAGAAAUUCUUGAUUAGGUGGAUGAAUUUGAUCCCUGAAGAAGCUUCCCUAGAAGAUGAAGAUUUCAUCAGAAUUUGA